GGGAGCCCGCGAGACGCUGCCGCCCCCGUGGAGAGGAGCGAGGCGCUGCGCAGCGCAGCGCGGGGCGGCCAUGGGGCGCUGAGGCGAGGCGAGGCGGAGGGAUGUGAGCCCCGCGCCGCGGCGCCACCAUGAGCCCGCGGCGCGCCCGCUGCCCCGCGCCGCUCUGGGUGCUGCUGCCCUGGUGCGCGGCGCUGGCGGGCGCCGACAACGCGAGCCAGGCGUACUACACGGCGCUGCUCAACGUCACGGUGCUCAGCCCCGAGCGCGGCGGCCCCGCGCUGCUGCGCCUCGACCGCGGCCGCUACGGCCAGGACUCGCCCAAGGUGGAGGUCAGGGGCCUGCUCGUGGCCCCCGGGCCCAUCAACGGAGUUGCAGAUCGUUUGGGCUGUGAUCCACGAACUCGUUUCAACGUUCCACCAAACACCAAGCAGUGGAUUGCCUUGCUGCAACGAGGAAAUUGUACUUUUAGAGAGAAAAUAUUGCGAGCAGCUUCACACAAUGCCACAGCGGUGGUCAUUUACAACAAUGUGUCCAGUGAAGAGCCUGUUACUAUGACCCAUCAAGGAACUGGGGACAUUGUUGCUGUGAUGAUUACAGAGUCAAAGGUGAAGGAGAUCCUGAAUUACUUGGAGAAGAACAUUUCUGUCUUAAUGGCAAUAGCAGUCGGCGCUCGCGUUCCUCCAAAGAAUUUCAGUCGUGGCUCUCUGGUCUUUGUGUCAAUAUCAUUCAUCGUUUUGAUGAUCAUUUCUUCAGCAUGGUUAAUAUUUUACUUCAUCCAAAAGAUUAGGUACACAAGUGCACGUGACAGGAACCAGCGUCGCCUUGGAGAUGCCGCUAAGAAAGCCAUCGGCAAACUGGCAACCAGGACAGUAAAGAAGGGCGAUAAGGAAACAGACCCAGACUUUGAUCAUUGUGCUGUCUGCAUUGAGAGUUACAAGCAGAACGAUGUUGUCCGCAUUCUGCCAUGCAAGCAUGUUUUCCACAAAGCCUGUGUGGAUCCUUGGCUAAGUGAGCACUGUACCUGUCCCAUGUGUAAACUGAACAUUUUGAAGGCACUGGGAAUUGUGCCAAAUGUGCCGUGCACAGAUAACGUAGCUUUUGACAUGGAAAGGCUCACCCGAGGCCAGCCACCCAACAGACGAUCAGCACUUGGUGAUUUUGCCAAUGACAGUUCGCUCAGCCUUGAGCCUUUGCGCACAUCUGGCAUGUCACAGCUUCCACAGGAUGGGGAACUGACCCCACGGUCAGGGGAGAUCAACAUUGCUGUAACAAGUGGCCACUUCUUUCACCGCAAUUCUCUCUCUCCUCGAAGCCUGGUCUAUGAGAGUGAAUUCUCAACGAUUGAGCCAGUCUUGGACAUAUACGAUGAGAACAAAACUUGAAAGGAAUCCAUGUUGGGUGUUGGUUACUCUUCCUUUCUCCAUUUCCCACUGCUAUUGUUGUGUACUCUUCCCAUGGGUGUCCUUUGUCUGAAGAGGAGCUGCUUUUUCCAGAACAUGAGCCCCGCUUCCAGGUUACAAAGAUGAAGCUCAACUGAGGUGGUUUCUGAAGAUGUCUCCUCUGAGAUGAUAAGGUGCACGUACUGGAUCGGCCAGUGAAAAUCGCUGAGUUAAAGUGCAGUUAGAUGCAUUCAUCCAGCCAUGUCUGUCCAGAAAAGGCUUUGCCCUAAUCCUGAGCGUUGAGUUCUGUACUGAAGAUGCGUCUCAACCAGGCGCGUGCCAUUCCCAUUUUUUAGUUGUUCAGAUAUUUGCUGGACUGUAUCAGACAUGGGACUGGGGGGAGGAGAGGAUUGCAAGUUACUGGUAAAAGCACUCCCAUUUCUCUUCAUCCUCUCCAUUAACUCAUUGUGAAAUGUUCCCUUUCUUAAAGGGACUGAUAUAAGUGCAUUGACUUUCUAACUAUCCAUUUAACUCUGAGCAAUGGCAAAACAGGCUGGCAUUAAUGCUAUGGAAGAAACUACAACCGCAGUUUUCAGAAAAAGAUUGCAAUAACCGAUUCUUCAAUUUUGGUUCCUGUUGAAGUUGGGCAAAAGUUGCCUGUGCAGAAUGCAACUGUAGCCUCUCCCAGGCCACCUGUCAAGUAACUCUCUUGAAUGCAGGGGUGGUGAUAAUGCUCUUUGGACCAGCAUUUGAAUUUUCUUCAAAGCAUUAGACUUCUGGAGAACUGCACGGGAGUCUCGAUUGCUAUCCUUUUGGUUUUUAAAAAAUCCACCAAUUUUUUUCACUGAGAUUUUUUGAAAGCCAACAUGUUGGCAUUAUACAGAGAAAAAGGCUUAAGCAUUUUAUCCUGUUCUCUCACUGCAGCCGUUAAGUAACAAACUCCUUAAAGCUAUGCCUGUUCCUGCUGACAUCAAUAAUGUGAAUGCAGAAAGCAGAAGAAUCAAGAAAAGCAGCAACUGCUUUUACACUUGGCAGGGAAAAUCAAUGUUUUUUACCAGUGUGACAAAAGCAGUGUAGGGAAGUGAAUGUUGUUUUCAAGCUUCUGAAAGAGUAAUGCAAAAAUGGAAAGCAAGAAGAAGAAAGGCUAGAUUUUUCUAAAAGGGUAGUUAAACGUUCCUUUUAAAGCAGAUCUGGAGAGUGAGUGAGUGCAUUAGAAGGCACCUUUUCCUACCGGACACUGCAUAGUUGUUUAAUGAAUGUUAAUAUUUUCUUCAUUGCAGUCUGAGUUACUGUAGGUGUAGAAAUGCAUUUGUGUCCUUUGUAAUGUGAAAAAAAAGCUUCACUCUAUAUAGAAAUGACUUAGAACAAAUAGCAGAGCAAAACAAGAGGUAAGAAAUGUCCUGCUAUCUUUUAAAUCUGAACACCUGCUGCUGUGGGUGGGGAAACUUGCCCUCUUGGUCCUGCAAUGAGUUGCCUCAGCCCACAUCUUCAGGUGAUGUGUGGUUGAGCUUUGACACUAAUGCAGAUGUGGAAAGAAACCAAACAACUGCUAUAAAAUGAGGAAGUGAUCCUCUUCAGCGAUCAAACUUUGACUUGACGCUGCUGCUGCUGCUGAGUCGGCUUUAUUUAAUCUGAUCGUUCUAGACUUGGUGGCACAGAGUUUAAAGAGAUUUAGCUCUUACAGCCCCUUGUUUACAUUUGCCAAAUAAAUGUUAUUGUAUUCAAGUAAUCCUAGAAACUUUUUUGUAAAACCAAACUUUGUAAGAAGCACAGUUUUAAUGCUAAGCUCUCCCACAAGGCAUGGAGAAUGCAGAACUGAAGGCUGGGAGAGGGAGGAAGCUAGUCCUGUUCCCCAAAGUAAUAACAAACCAACCAUCAGCAUUUGUUGUUCCUCUUUUAAAUCUGGAACAUCAGGCAGAAAUUGGCCCCGUUUAAAGUCCUGAAGCUGGUCGCUCAAGCUAGACCUCUUUGACCUAAGUGGUUUAUGAAGUCCAACAUCAAGUUUGGGUGCAGUAGGAGCCUGACUGGAUUUCACUUGUGUUCAUGAUUGUAUAUGAUACCUACAGGCAGAUCCAUAAGAACAGUGAACUUUCCCAAAUCAGGCAAAUGCACCAAAGUAAAAUCCCUGCCUUUCAAGGACAGAGGGAGUUCUUCUAGAGCUUGUAAUAGUAAGGUGAAGUAGUCAGAUUACACUCUUAGUUACCUAAUGCUCCAUAUAAGCCUCUGAGGUUUUGCCUGUUCUGCUGAUCCAGCCCCUGGCUGCAGUCUGCAAGCAAAUUUGCUGUGAACUGUGAUUUGCACUAGUGCAAUUUACUCCAGUUUUAUGCAGCGUUACAAUGCACUGUGCAAAUCCUAGCUUACAGCAGUUUUGUCGGUCUAAUGUAGGCAUUUGCCCCAGUGCAGCUCUGUCGGUGGCUGGCCACGGUGAGCUGUAACCAGGGCAGUUUUCCCCGUUGGUAGACAAAAAAGCCCGAGCAGCAUUUGGUGAGGUGCAGUCUCUCCCUAGCUUUGAACAAUGUUGUUUCCUAUCUUAGCUUUAAAACCCAUUGCCCAAGUGAGCAGCGAAAACGAGAGACAAAACCAAUCAAUAUUCCCAGGGAACUGGCUUUUGGAAAGUGAUAUUUAUCCUCUUAGGCCGGUGAUCACUUACUCUGAAUGCCAUGAGCUUGUCAAUUGCUGCUGUCUUCUGUGAAGUCAGUUUUCUUGCGCCGCUUCAAUGGAUUAGUUGAAACUUGGCACUAACUUCUGAGGUUUUAACUAAGUUGGCCAGUGUUGCCAACUCUCAUCGUAUUUAGCGAGUUUCCUAAGACUCCGGCUGCUGGCAUCGUGCAAGUCAGUGAAAAUCACUGCUUUUUUUUAAAAAUUAAGUAAGAGGUAGAUGUCCAGGUUCAGCUGUGAUAAUUUAUGCCAGCUAAUGCCUUGUGAUUGUAGGAAAGAAAAGCUGAAAAACAUGAAUCCUACAGGCACAAAAAUAAUUAAAAAAAGGAAAUAAAAUUUAACAGAAAAUGUUAUCAGUGUUGUCAGAUCUUUUAGGUUUUUUAUCCAGUCUUGUGAUCUUGUGGGACCUGACUGAUACUUUUUGAAAACCUGAACUCGACAGCCAAAUUUAAGAAUGAGCUGGUGCUGCAACGAGUCACAUGAGUGAAUUGAGGGGUGUGUUGGUCUGACGGUUAUAAUUGAUGCUCCUUCGUUUGGAAACCUCCAAGUAUUGGUGAAGCUUAAGUGCCAGCCCAAGCACUGAUCCCUGAAUGCAUGUCCUGUCAUGGUAUUCUGGGAAUCCUUUUACACCGUCACAUGAAGGAUGUGAAAGAACCAGCGUAGGCGACAUGUCUUAUUCUUCUGGGAUGUGUUCUUAGGCUUGAGGUUUCCUUUUCCAUAGUAUUUUAAAAAGAACUGGGUGCCAGCACCUCGGUGUGGCUUCCCCUGAUGUGAUGUUACACAUGGUUGAAUCACUUCAGAUGCAAAAUACUUGAUAAUCUCCCCAAACUUGCAAAGUGCCAGUCACCUGGGAAGUAAUUUUUAGACCAAAAGGAUUUAGAGACAAGCACCAAUAUUAUGGAUUUCAUGGCAGUUCCCUUUUCCUUGUACUUUUUUAAGAAAUGGCAUUUCCCUUCAGUUUUUACAAAUCUGUGAAUUUCAGGAAAGUUUUGCAUGCCCCUCUCCUCUCCCGAGACAUUUAUAAAAUCAAGAUUUGCUUGUGUUUUUAAAGGAUACUCUCCAGGUAAAGCUAGUGUAUCAGUGUGUUGUUUUGUUUUUUUUUUUACUUAUGUUACCAAUAAUAUCAUCAAUUAUUAAAACUUGAAAGCAUGUUCAAAUCUAAUUUGCCUUGCAACAGCUCUAUUUAUUUCCAUCAUUAAGCUUGGGCAAUGAAAGCAGAUUUAGGAUUUUUAACUUGGAUACUGUGGUUGUAUUGAACAAGGCUCAACUUGAGGGAGGCCCUUUAUGUCAGGUCUGCUACAACCAAUAACUGGCUCGUCAGUCCACUGCAUUUCUUCUCCGCUAUCAGAAUGUUAAUAACCGAGCACAAACUUAAAAGGAGUUGUUUAAACAACAGGUUUGAUGAAUCUUUUGCUUUUUUUAACCCAGUCCCUAAAUUGUAGGCCUAAAUUACUAGCCAGCAUUACUUUUUUGCUGCAUUCAUUAAGCCUGUGAAAUGGUUAGAAGCAGGCACUUUUCCAUAGAGCAAACACAGGAAUCAAAUAUAUAUGGAAGGGAUUCUGUAUGGGGAAAAUAUUAAGCCCUGCUAAAGGAAGUCCACAGAAUUAGGGCAUGGAUAGUCAAUCAGGACAGUGUCAUGGAGAGAGAGAGAGAGAGAGAGAGAGAGUGUGUGCAUGCGUGUGUGUGCUUCUAGAGGGGCAGGAUUUUCUAAGCAGUCUAUUGAUAGUGUCACUAAUGAGAGCUUUGUUUGAAGUGUGGUCCGUUGGUAAGACGGGGCUCCUUGAAUUGUUGCGCCUGCCAUGUGUCUUCCUUUCAAAGGGCAAAGUAGCAGUACUGGGGCAGAAGUGAGAAGUUUCUACGGCAGGUUCGAACAGCAGAUGCCUACAACUGAUUGGAAACAGCCAGUGGGAGUGAAGGGGAACUGCACCUCAUGGGAUCAGUCCUCAGAAGGCAAGUUUAUCUGCUUCAGGUUAGAGCUGUGUAAUAGUCAGCAAAAUGCUCUGGUGGUUGUUGCUGGUGAGAGAGACGUGCCAGGGCUGUACGCUUCUUCAGUAGCACACCAGCUUCCAAAGAUGUGCAGGUGCCGGGGAAGUGAAUGAAAGAAAAAACAGGCUAGCACAUUGUUAAUGGACUCCUAUUCCUUCCUGUCGCUGCUAAGACUUGCAUGAUCACACCAGUAGGUGAAGACGUAGUUGUCAGGCUAGUGCCACCACUCUAGAGAACAAGACCUUUCCAGGACAGGCUCCUUCACAUCUUAAUACCUGUCUUAACAAUCUCUCUUUCUUUUAAAGAGAUUGUCAAAGCUGUUGCACAACACCAGUACUGUAGAAUGACAUGCUCGGACUAGCUGCACUGUCUCAGCCAAAUGAAAGCCAGAACAAUUGGGUACCAGUGAAAGAAAUGACCACAGUACUUACAAACAGAUUAUGAAGCAUCUGCACUCUUCCUCUCUGUUUGAACAACAUUGGACAAGCCAACAGAAGGUUUUACUGGGAGGCUUGGUGUUCUCUCCUUUACAAAAAAGGACACAAAAUUUACUGUGAGGAGCAGGUGAUUGAGCAAGGUAACGCAAACAAUUGUAGUUCUCAUUUAAGCCAGUUCAAAAGCUUGGGAGAACAAAUGACUUUAGCCUGCAUUUUUAAUACAGAGACAGCUACUCUGACAUGCUGCAGCAGAGGCCAGGGCAGUUAAUUGUCCAGUUCACAUGUGGCCGCAGUGUGUGUUUAGGGUUAGAUUACUGCCCUGUACCGGAAAAACCUGGGCUGAAGUACAAGGGCAGCAGACCCUAGCAGAAGUUCACUUCAGGCAGCUCUGUGCAAGCUGUUUGCUGGUGCAUGGGAGCAGUUAAUGGUUAAAUUAUUACUUCUUUGUGUGUUUAGGAGUUGUGCUUUUUUUUUAAAGAAACUUAAGCAAAUCUCCAAAUCUAAGACCUUGGGUGCCAAACACCUAAUAUAUGCAAUCCAGUUGGAGUGAGGGAGGGUCUCUGCCCCUGCUGGUGUGUUUCCAGAAGGAAAGAAAAGCAGUUGGAACAGGGAGGCCGUAGAAAUUACCUUCCCACAGAAAGCUGGAACAGGACUUUCUGUUAAGUAUUCCUUAGAUGCUAAAUUCAUUUAUGCAGCCUGCCCGGAAAGUGUGGGUUAAUGCUAUUUGGUGGGGACUGAAAAAAAUGCAGCAUCCAAGUCUGAGUGUGAAACCCUGACCUUACAGGAAGCCAUAGGGUCAGCACUUGAUCUAUUCUCCAUAGACCACAAAGUCCGUUGUCUCACUGAAAGUUUUUUAGCAAACUGUGCUGAAGAGUAAGGGGAGAGGGGCGUGCACAUGCAUGUGGGUAAAAGUAUUUUCAGAGAAGAUAGCAUGCAUAAUAUUUGGGGUGGGGAAUUAGGGUGGUGCAGAGUUUAGCUCUGUACAGUGUGUUGUAUGAAGUAAUUCAGGGAAAACAUCAAAAAACUGUCCAGUACUCCCUCAUUGUGCUGUCUAGUGACUAGCAGUGAUGCUUAGGAGCUGGCUCCGGCUCCAGCAUCAGCUGCCUUUAGGAAAGUCGUAUAACCUCUGUUUAGUGGUCGUGGACCUGCAAAAAUGCUUAUGAUAUUACCUUACCUCGCAGGGCCAUCAUGAGAUUUAAUUGCUGUUUGUAAAGUACUUUGAGAUCUUGUGAUGAAAGGCUCUUGGUACAUCUAAUACCAAGUAAUAUCAAUUGACGUUGCUUUUCCUUCUGUUCUUUAAUAGCUUCUUUCAGUAGUCUGCAGUGGUCCCGUGUAUUCUUAAUCCUCCGAAAUUAAAUUUCCCCUGCCGUUCUCUGUUAAUAACUGCGUGCUUCCUUCUGUUCUGGAGAGGGUGAGGUUUCCAGAUGCCUUUAGGAAGGGCUUUGAAUUUCAGUAAGAUGUAGGUUCUUAAGGUGCUUUUGAGAAUAUGACCCUGAGCCUCCUUCCUGUGUGAUGUAGAAGGCUUUUAUGAGACAGACGCAUGUGACUAUUACAAAGAGACAGAAUAGAGUUCAUUUCCUGUGCCCAGCUAUCUGUUGUGGGUUGAGAUGACGAGAUACAUGCCUGUCACAUGGCAGCAGUCAGUAGCCACUGAUGUCAGCGGCUGUCUGUUUAAUUCCAUUCUGUGAAAUGGAAAAAAAACCCCAACAGCACAGGUGUACAUGUGAACGCACGCACACAAUAACACACCCUUAGAGUGACAUCUUGGACACAGAUCAGGCAAACGCACAACAUGCCCUCUGCAAAGGAGAGGAUCGUUCUGCUCUCUGGUGGACAUCUGUCCGCUCCUGCUGUCUGAACCUAGCAGCUUUCUCAUCACACAGCUAUUUCGUGUUCUCCUAACAAGUGCUGACUUCUUUGGCUGCCAGGGUGGGCCUGGUUCUAGUGCCCAAACCCUGCUCCUGUUGUUUCAUUGUCAGUGCCGAUGCAGGCGUGCGUUACUUCUCCUAGGGCAGGAAUAGCUAAGGUUGCCAGGUCCAGAUGGCUAGACAUUGUGCUGAGAAACCCGUCACCAUCACGGUGCGGCUGUCUUUGUUUUACCACCAACCGAGUGAAACGGUGAGGAGCCUGCAGGAUGAGUCAAGGAAGCUGAAGAGGCACUGCAGCCUCUUGCUGUCUUGCGAGCUGGCUCCUGGACUCUCCCUGCGACGAAUUUGGGUUGUGUGCAGUGACAUCUAGCGGGAGCAGCAGCGUGGAGCCACUUGGAGUCUCAGCCAGAAAAUUGCUUUAUUGUCCUAUUUUUUUUUCCUCCUUCCUCUGCUUGUUAGAACAAUGGAGACACUAGUCAUUCCGUUUUCUGUCAGUAUGGGGUUUUUUUUAUGCUACAGUUGCUCAGAUCUGAAAAACGGAUCACCUCGCUUUGACAGUGGGUUUUCAGUGACACAAAGCAUGUUCCCCCGAGUCAGCUUUUUUAUCUGACAACAGUUGUCAGGCUUCUCCCCGCCUGGCUCAUGCCCUGCUGACUCCCUUCCUCAGCUACUCUCUCCCUUCCCUGCAGCAAUGAGUCUGUUCCUUCUAAAAGAAAAAAAAAAGGAAGAAUUAAUCCCUCAAAUGUGCACUGGGGCACUGCAGCCAGUCCCUGCUGCAUCCCUUUCAGUAAAAGUAGUAAAGCGUAUAAAACCAGAUGGUGGUUCGAGUCGCUUGCUUUGAGUGAGCCUUUCAUUUCUCUCUCCUGCCUCCUGAAGAUGCCCUCAGCUCGGAGGAGCUCUGGAUUAACCCCAGGGGAAAGGAAUUUGACACCUAGGAUUGUGGAAGUAAUUUUUAGGAAGUAAUUAGGAUGCAAUUUGUGAAUGUUGAUUUGUUGUGGUCAUGCCUAAGAGUCCCAAUCAUGAACCAAGAGCUCAUUGUGCCCAGUGCUGCAUAAAAACAAAACCAAGGGGCUCCAGGGGGCUUGGGAAUAAGUUGUUGAUUUUGGUUUAUGAAAACUUGCAGCCAUUUAGACUGCCGAGUGGUUCGUGUUGCCUAAAUGUGGUUUUCUUUGCAUUGGAGCAUCUCCCAUGUUAGUGCUCAGCUGAGACUGGGGUCCAUCUUGCUAGAUGCAGCACCCGUACGGUAACAUCCCUGCUCCGCAAGCCCAGGUUGUGCUGCAGAAACUCCCCCCAGCAGCAGACACAGUUGAGGGCUCUGUAGUGAAUCAUGAGAUAAGAACUAGACGCUUACAGGAACUGUAUUUCUCUUUGUCCUGAAGCGGUAGGUCAGUAGUAGUCCUUCCGUGGCCAAGGCCAGUAACGUUAGCAUGACGGGCAUUGAUACCUUGCCCUUGCAUGCCUGGGCAGUCGCAAGGUGUAAAUACAAGGAAGGCCUUGAUUACCUUUAAUCAGUGAUAUGGAGGGACAGCAGUUAUGAGGGUAAGGCAUUAGCCUUGAAACCAAGAGGGGUCUGAGCAGAGAUCCCUGGUUCCUUGGUAGACGUCCGGAGCAAGUCAUGCUCUGCAUCUGUGUGCCAAUCUGUAAGAUGGGUAAAAUGCCUACCUUACAAGGCUGAUGUGAGGCUUAUUUUGGCAAUAUCUGUAAAGUGCUUUGAACACCUUAGUGGGAAGGUGCUGUAUAAGUGCACACAGUUAUUUAUUUGCUUGUUUUUGGCUGGUCAUAACCUGUCUGAUUAUCUUUUUCCAUUGUCCUCAGCUUUCUUUACACAUCAGCCUCUGAAGAGCUAUGGAUAAUUUUAGCCCCAGCCUGUGAUCUGUUCUGUGUAUUUACUCUGAUAUGAAGUUUGCUUCCUUUGCUGCUCUUUGUGUUCUGCUUUGUUUGCUUGACUCUGGUUGUUCCUAGAACUUGCUUUCUUGGAAGGUUCAGAAUACGGGAUACACUUGUACCUCGCUAAAGACCAGAAGCUCCUUGGCUUGAUAAUGAACGUUGUCAACAGUUGACAGAAGGCAAAUAUGAUGCAAGCAAUUUGACUGCUAAAACAUGCUGUCCUGAAUCCCAAGUGUUGAAUCGCUGGCAAUCUGAGGAUGAGUCAAAUGAUGAAAAGUACAUGGGUCUAGAGUCAUUGGAGACCAUCAAUUUGCAGAUGACAAACAGAUGAAUUGCUAAAUUGCACUGAAUUAGAGGGGGAAAAAAGGCUUAGAAAAAAAUAGCCUCUACUUAGGCAGGGCAGAGGCUCAACAACUCCUGCAUACCUCUGCACAGAAAAUCUCUGUUUUGGGAAUUACCUUGGCUCUUGCUUCCAAGGCCAGCAAAGCUUAGUGCAUUUAGGAAAGAGGAAAAAGCGAUCACCUACUCACAUUGAUCAAAUGUUACAACAGCAUCUGCCUCGGAGAUGGCUGGCUAGAGAGGGAACAGUAUAACAGUAACCAGCAGCAGUGGCCUCCUUCCCCUCCAGCUCUUGCAUGUACCUGAAGGAACACAUGGAAACCCAUGCCUGGUUGCCAAGAAAAAGAAAUGCCACCACCAAAAUGCAUUUGAGAGGUGGACUAUUCUUAUCCUUUACAUCUACACUUAAGACACUGUGGUGAUCAGCCCUGUCAUUAGCCCUCUAGACUAGGGGUGUUGCCCUUUUUGAGCAGGUGAAGGGAAAUUUAUUCCACAGCACUUACAAGUGGAUGUAAAAUUCCAAAUGCUUCUUGUGUCUUUGUGUCUGUGUGGAAUCACCUGCUAUGCCCAUGGUUAACUAUGCACAGAGUCCACAGAGUGGAAACCAGACUUCUAUAGCAGUAGACAGGGAAACCUCUUUAGGAAUUUUUGGACUAAAGAGAAAAUAAAUCAACAGAUUUGUGUGCGCGCGCGUGUGUGUGAAAUGAAAAGGCAGGUUCUGUGCGUUUCAGUUUUUGCCACGGGGUUGACUCUAUCGGUAUGAUUAUAUAAUCAGAAAAUGCAAAUGAGCUACUACUACAAGUCUUGCAAAAUGACAGUGGACUGUGGCCACAUGUAGAGCACAGGCGUGCGUGUUCAGGUGGCUUGUGCACCUCUUGACGAGUGGAUCUUUUGAGCCCUUGUGAAAUUGUAGCGGCAGAACCUUUUGGUCUACAUAUUUUGAUGUAAGUAUAAUACUGUAUUGUAGCUGCGUGGUAUAUGCCAAUAUGUCAAUAGUGUAUACCUAUAGGUUAAGAUUUGCUAAUGUAAUACAUUUCAAUAAAAAGCUAUUUAAAAACACAA